CAAGCUUAUUGAGCCUCUCAAGGAUUCUCUAAUCAUAUACUCCCACAUUUCAUCGUUCACCAACCGAUACAUUUUAGUCAAAACAGUCAAUCAAUCCUGCGGACACAAAAAUCCAGAAUUCAAUACCCUUGUCUAACAUUUUUCUUUUUUAAGUAUCACUCCGUUUAUAGUAGAGCAACGCAGAUCCCUGAGACAAACCAAAACUCUGCUUCUAUUUCCCGUUCUCGGCGGGAUCCAAUCUCACUUUCUCUACAUUUCGCGAAAGAUCAGGGUUUUAUUUGAGCACCAAGGCUCGAGUUACUCUCGUCCACGUUAUUUUCCAUGGCGAUUGAGAAAAUUCUUAAAGAUGAUGCUAGUGAAGAGAAGGGGGAGCGUGCCAGAAUGGCAUCGUUUGUUGGGGCAAUUGCAAUUACUGACUUGGUUAAGACGACCCUUGGGCCAAAGGGAAUGGAUAAAAUUUUACAGUCAACAGGCAGAGGACGAGAAGUCACUGUUACAAAUGAUGGAGCUACCAUCUUAAAAUCCCUGCAUAUUGACAACCCGGCUGCAAAAGUCUUAAUUGACAUCUCAAAAGUUCAAGAUGAUGAAGUUGGUGAUGGGACAACUUCUGUUGUUGUUUUGGCUGGAGAGCUUUUAAGGGAGGCAGAAAAGCUAGUGGCAGCCAAGAUUCACCCCAUGACAAUAAUAUCAGGUUAUCGAAUGGCGGCCGAAUGUGCUCGUAAUGCUUUGUUGCAGAGGGUCGUGGAUAACAAAGAGAAUGAAGAGAAAUUCAAGGCAGACUUGAUGAAAAUUGCAAUGACCACUUUGAGUUCCAAAAUUCUCUCUCAGGAUAAGGAGCAUUUUGCACAACUAGCUGUGGAUGCUGUUCUGAGGUUAAAGGGAAGCACAAAUUUAGAGGCGAUCCAAAUUAUCAAGAAGCCUGGAGGAUCUUUGAAAGAUUCUUUCUUAGAUGAAGGAUUCAUUCUUGACAAGAAAAUAGGGCUUGGACAACCCAAACGAAUAGAGAAUGCUAAGAUCUUGGUGGCUAAUACUGCAAUGGAUACAGAUAAAGUGAAGAUAUAUGGUGCACGUGUUCGUGUUGAUUCAAUGUCUAAGGUUGCCGAAAUUGAAGGGGCUGAGAAGGAAAAGAUGAGAGAAAAGGUGCAAAAGAUCAUAGCACAUGGGAUUAACUGCUUUGUUAACAGGCAGUUGAUUUACAAUUUCCCUGAAGAGCUCUUCGCAGAUGCAGGCAUACUUGCUAUUGAGCAUGCUGAUUUUGAUGGGAUAGAGCGUCUGGCUUUGGUAACAGGUGGUGAAAUCGCUUCAACCUUUGACAACCCAGAGUCAGUUAAGCUUGGACAUUGCAAGCUUAUUGAAGAAAUUAUGAUUGGUGAGGACAAGUUGAUCCACUUUUCUGGUGUUGAAAUGGGUCAGGCUUGUACUAUUGUGUUGAGAGGGGCAAGCCAUCAUGUGCUGGAUGAAGCUGAAAGGUCUCUGCAUGAUGCCUUGUGCGUGCUGUCUCAGACAGUGAAUGAUACUAGGAUAUUGCUUGGAGGUGGAUGGCCUGAGAUGGUAAUGGCAAAGGAAGUGGAUGAACUGGCACGGAAGACUCCUGGGAAGAAGUCUCAUGCCAUUGAAGCUUUCUCGCGGGCACUUGUGGCCAUCCCAACAAUUAUUGCUGACAAUGCUGGUCUUGACAGUGCAGACUUGGUAGCUCAGCUUCGUGCGGAGCACCAUCAGGAGGGAUGCAAUGCAGGGAUUGAUGUCAUCUCUGGAUCUGUAGGAGAUAUGGCUGAGCUAGGAAUCUCUGAAUCCUUCAAAGUCAAGCAAGCUGUAUUGCUCUCUGCAACUGAGGCUGCUGAGAUGAUUCUUAGAGUUGACGAAAUCAUUACAUGUGCUCCAAGGAAGAGAGAAGACAGAAUGUGAAGAAAUUCACACGUUUGCUGUAAUGGAUAGCUAUCUUGGCAUUUGCUUCUUGAACUGAAUUAUUGAACUGAAGUUUUGUGGCUUGUUUCAGUUUUGACUGAAUGAAAGCGACGUUCACUCUUCUGAAAAAACUGAAACUCACAUCUUUCUGAUUCGGCAAUCGAAUUAUUAA